AUGAUGCAUCGAAACGAUGCGCUAGAUGUCCCUCUUGAAGAUCGUUUGCGUCAGAAAAAGCAAGGGUUUACUACACAUGUUGAAGAGGAUACAGAAAUUAAAGGCCCAGCGCGUCGUGACAACAAAAAUCAGCCAUUAGAGUUGAGCUCCAAGCGCGCUGUGGGUCGGUUCCGACAAGUAGUAGAAGUGAAAAAACGAAGAGCAUUGGAUCCGCGUUUUGAAGCGCAAAGUGGUCGUCUAAAUGAAGAUCUUUUUCGUAAAAGCUAUGCCUUUCUCGACGAAUACAAACAACGUGAGCUUCAGGAAUUCAAGCAGCAACUUAAGAAGAGCAAGUCUGCUGCAGAGAAGGAAGAGCUCAAACAUGAGAUUGCACUAAGACAGCAAGAAAUCAUGGAAAAGAAAAAGCAGGAGAAGAUUAAGAGCGCACUAGCAAAGCGGAAGCAUGAGGAGCGCGACGCUGUCGCUAAAGGCAAGGGGGCUUUCUAUCUUAAGCGAAUCGACAAAAAGAAGCUAGAGCUACGUACCAAGUUUGAAGACUUGCAAGAAUCCGGAAGACUGUCCAAAUUUAUGGCCAAGAAGCGCAAAAAAAAUGCCAACAAGGACCACCGAUGGUUACCCACACAACGAAAAUAA